GAAGAAGGUAGAAGAGCUCUGUAAGUUGAGUCCAACUGGGUUGCAGGAAGCAAAAAUGCUGUUCCAGAAAUCACUUGUACUCCUUCAAAUAGAAGCUCAGAAAAAUGGAUGCUCUGUUCAGGAGUUGUUGGCAAAUGUUUGGAAAAUUAAAACUCAGCAGUCUGCGAACACUGAAGAGGAAGAUGAUUUGGAUGCAAUUACUAAGAAAUUAGAGGAAUGCUCGAUCAACGGUACUGAUCCCAAUACGAAAAUGAAAAACAAAGUGAAGAUGAUGAAAAAAACAGAAAAAUUAACUUCAAAGAAAAGUAUUAAAAUUCUUGAUGAUGCUAGAGAUACCAUGGCAACGGGAGGAGACACAGAGUUAGAUGGUGAACCAAACACGGUGUUAAAACUAUCAUCAUUUGAUAUUGGUCGACUGGAGAUGCUCACUCAGAGUGCAAAAAAGAUAAGCAGCAGUAGUAGACAAAAUGCCGCUCGAGCACAAGGGUCGAAAACUCUGCAUCAGUACGUCAGUGAGAAUGAGGAUUUCAUUGAAUAUUCACCAACAAAAAUAAUAGUCGAACACAAUGGGAGUACGGAAUAUGAUUUCCAGACUACUGAUGAAACAAAACCAAAAAAGAAAACCAGGGCUAAGACACGUAAAAAGAUGAUUGAGUAUAGUGCAUCAGAUUCCGAAAACACAGAGACGUGCGAGAACGAGAAGCAAGAUCAAAUGAAGAGACGACCCACAAGAUGCAAGGUCAAGCCGCGUAAUAAUGAUACCUAUGAGCAUUUAGAUUUGGAAAAUAAAGCUGUGAAAAUGACAAGCAAGCAACGAAACGUAGCAAGGAGUUGCAAAGUGGUGAUUGACAUUCACAAGGAUGAGGUUGAAAAAGAUAAAUGUUCAGGGGGUCGAAGUCGAAGAAAUGCAAGAGGUGGAAGCAAGGACAUGAAGGAAAGUUCAAGAAAUACGAGGAAAGGUAAAACUUUGAAAGAAGUUUGUUACGAGGACGAGGAUGAGAUGUUGCAUGAUGGGAAAGAUGUUUAUGAUCUUUCUGAUUCUGAAAGUGAUGAAGCAUGGCAACCAGAGAACAAAAAACAAACUAGACGUAGAAACACAAAAUCAUCCAAGAAAAGCCUAGAGGUGGAAGAUAACAGAGUGACUGUUGAGAGGAGCAUGCCUGCUCGGCGGGGAAGACCGCGGAAAAAUGUGACAAAAGAAGAAAUUGUAUUAGAAGUUCCCAAAGAAAAAAGAAAAGGGAGAGUCAGAGCAACAAGAACUGAGAAUGUAGAAAGAGUGAGAGAUGAGGGUGGCCAUGGAAACGAUGAUUACCAUGAUGAGGAGGAUGAGGUGCUGGAUCUGAGUAUGGAUGAUUUUAACAGAAAUUCAUCAGGACUAGAGAGCCCACAGUUGUGUACUAGUCUUCAUAGGAAAAAGCUACCCUGUAUUAACAUUGAGAAUGAAUUGAGUCAAGUUCUUCUAACAGGUUUGCAGGGAUGUUAUCUCUCUGAUACAAAUGAUUUACAACUUUGUCCUCUGGACAAUGAUGCGGAUGAUGAGAUUGAUGAGAUUGAGCUUGUCAGAGGGAAUGAUAGUGAUAUUGAAGCCGAUAAUCAUUUAAUAUUGCCAAGGAAAAGAACCUCAAAAUGCAGACAACUUAACUCAGCUGCGAUGACAAGUCAUGUUGAUUUGAGUGCAAUAAUAGAUUUAUUAAAGACUGCCUACACACUGUGUCUUUCCACGGUGCCUAUGAAGUUAUUUCGUGAUAUAUGCCACACAUUAGUGAAGUGUACUGGUGACAGUCAACCAUACCAGUCUGUAUAUUACCUGCAACAGUCAUCGGCAGUUACACUGAGACAUCAAAAACUAGCAAAUAUUUACAAAAAACUCAGGAAACUGAAAAAGGAGAGAUCAGACCCCAAAAAGAUUACUAGACUUGAGGAGGAAAAUCAGUGUUUUGUGUGGAAGGAAAAAGAUAUUGAUGCCUCCAUAGAUGAGACUGUACAGUGCCUUCCUCCAGACACAAAUCAUUAUCUUCGAAAAAAAUUGAGUCAAUUUAAAUUUUUCACUUUUGGCUAUUUUUGUCCCGAUCUUCUGAACGAAAGUGCAGACUAUGCACAGGACUGUUUUGGUGAUAUUUUGCGUGACAUCAGCGAUCAGUUCCGACAGAUACAAGUGGAAAAUAAAAACAUGAAGGAGACAAACAAAAAGAAAUGGUGGAAAAUUAGAGAAGAUUUGAACACAAGAUUGAAGGCGUUGCUAAGCAACAUGGAGAAUGAACUACUCGGCUGCUGGAAAGUAUUGCUGUUGGGCAGAAGUGAGGAUGAACAGAUUGCCAAACACAUCACCAUGGUUACAGCAAAGUUUACUAAAUUGUACAAACUUGAAGCUAUGCAGUCACAGCUAUUACAGUAUUUAUUACAUGGUAUGACAUGGUUGGAUAGAUACCACAUAAUGUCAGGAUUGUCAGCUGUUACUGGUAUACCAAUGAAUUCAGAUGAACUCAAUACAAUGUGCAAUGAAAUUCUCACACUUAGAGAUGAGAUUGAUGCUAAAUUUGAGAUGAAAAGCAUCAAGAGAUGUCCAGUUAUUCUGGUAUUAGACAAGCAUGUACAACAGUUACCAUGGGAAAGUCUAUCAAUAAUAAAUGCAAGUAAACAGUCAAUAUCAAGGAUGCCAUCAAUACAGUUCAUACUGUCACAUCUACAAGAACGAUCCAAUGAACACUCUGUAUUGUCACAUGGUGUCAAUCCCAGCAAGACAUCGUAUGUUGUCAAUCCAAGUGGUGAUCUUGCUAAUACACAGAAGGCAUUUGAGGAUUGGUUUAAAAAAGUUGAAGGAUGGAGCGGAAUAUCAGGACGGAUACCAACCAGCGAUGAAUAUAAAGCAGCUCUCUUGAACAAUGAUUUAUUUAUUUACUGUGGUCAUGGUAACGGUGGUCAAUAUUUGAGUGGUGAUGAUAUCUUGCGGUUACAAUGUAACAGUGUGUCAUUAUUAAUGGGGUGCAGUAGUGGUCAGCUGGAUACUAACAACUCUGAUAUGGAAGCCACAGGCAUGGUACUCAAUUAUCUGUUAGCUGGAUGGUGA